AUGGGGGAUUCCUUCCCCCACCAUACCCACUCAACAGCAGGGGGAGCACUUUGCCGGGGCAAGCCUGGACGCACCCGGGGGGUCUCCCGAACCCGAGGUGCCCUCCACUCCCCAAGGGGCCCGGCUCCUCCCAGAAGCCUUUUGGGGAUCGGCUUCGCCAGUGCCAUCUCCCCCGGCCGCUGCGCCUUCCCCCAGGCCCCAGGACUGCGCCCCACACUGGCCAGCUCUAUGAUAAAGGCCCAGCAGCGGGAACAAAUGGGCAGGGAGGCCCCAGAAGCCGCUGGCGGAGCUGACUCGGACGCCGGGGGCCGCUGCCCCGAACGGAAACCCGAUCCGCAGGGAGCGGCGCGCGGGGAUUACGCCGGGCCGGGCCCCCGGCCAAGCCUGGGCCGCCACCUGUCCCCGGCAGGCGCCGGGACCCCAGCAGGCCCUGACAAACCUGGUCAGCCGGAGGCCCUCCGCGCCCUCGCGCCCAGCCCACCCCUGCGAAUCAGGCACCCUUUCCAGAUGUGCCGGCCCCGGGGAGCAGAAGCCCCGCACCCUGCGCCGCCCCAGGCUGGGGAGCAGGGGGGCCAAGGGCCCCUCCCCGCAGACAUCCCGGCCCGGCAAGGGCGGGGCGGGGGCUCCCGGGCUGUCAGGCACAAAGGCCCGGGCGGGGGGCUCCGGCCAGCCCGGGCUCUUUGUGAGGGAGGCUCCGAGAGCACCCGGGCACGAGGUGGGGGUCCCGCGGAGAGGCUGCGGCCUCAGCACCCCCCCCACAAGUACGCAAACCGGACCCCGAGAGCGCUCUGUGCCCCCCAAAGUGCCCCCCCCGCGCGCGGCCAGCGCCGGGCCCCCACACCCCCGGGGCUCCCCGUCCUCCGCUGUCAGCCGGCGCCCAGCAGCCCCCCCCCCCGUCGGGCCCUCUCCCCGCCGCCACGGCCGGUCCGCAGCAGCGCGCUGCCCACCUCGCCGCCCUCUCCCCGUUCCAGGCUGGAAGCGCGCCUCGCUGGUGCCGGCGUUUGCCGCUGCUGGGGAGCAGGCCGCCCCCGGAGCGAGCGCCCCCCGCCUCCCGCACCGCGCGUCCCGGGGAGCCGGGAGCAGCGUCAGGCCCCCAACCGAACCUUCUAA